AUGCCGGUCCAACCCAAGCUCCGACGGAUCGUAGCUCCACCGGGGCGACCCCCUCUGAACCUGUUUACAGGAGAGACUCCUACGGAAGUGGCGUAUGAAGCAGUUCGGUCUCAUUUGGCCAAGGCGGAUCCAGCCUCGUGCGCCACAGAUCCUCCCACUCCUCCUGGCCGCAUGCAGCUCUUGACGGUUCAUCCCAGCCAACCCUUGGUGGCGUACUAUAUGGAAGAGCAUCAGACGCUGCCAACAGCAACAUCACCCGCUACGCCUCUGCCCGCACCAAUCAAAGUGAUUCAAGUACAGCAUUUGCAGACGCGCAAUGUCUUGUGGUCCGUCUACUUGUCGGAUAUGGCCUCGAUGCUCUUUGACUACGAUCCCAUGGCCAAGGAUGCCGUCAAGAAAUUCCCACAUGCCAUCAAGACAUUGGGACAGAUCCAAUCGAUGCAGUUCUUUGACCCAUCCACUCUCUACUUUUCUGGAAUGGCAGAUCCAGCAGAUCAGGCCACUGUCGCUGGAGUGGAGCGAUGGCAAACACUCCUGGUCCAAUUUGACAAGCGCAUUGUCAUGCUCAAUCUACGCAAGGGACCGUCCUCUGUGGCACUCAUGCCUCCCGGAAAGGGACGAGCCGCACGCAAUUUUUAUUCGCCCAUUCUCUGUCACUUGACCAAAGAAACUGGAUUGAACUCACCUCCGAGUAGCAACGCAUUGCCACUCACCAAAUCACUACUCUUGCUGGGAUGCGGCGAUGGAACCUUCAAAUGUUAUGAUUGGAAAAAAUCCAAAUUGCAAAAAUCCAUCAAGGGAUUGGGAAAAAAUGAUUGGAUUGUACAGUUGAUUGCCGCAAAUCCGUACCCGUCCUUGGAGGACCCAGGAGACACGUCGUCGUCCUCCCCCACCACCUUGUCCGAAGAGGAGGAUCCCAACAGUGGCGACAAUCCGAACAGCAACAACCCGCAAUCCACCAGCAGUGUCAGCAAAGUAAGGCGGUUCAUUACCGUCACCAAGAAGGGAACGGCCUAUUUGAUUGAAGUGGUCGUCAGCUCCGAUGGCAUUGAUAUCCGCCCUCCAUUGGCAAGGUUUGAGGGAGGAGCGUCGCCAGCACUCCUCACGGGUCUCGAUACAGCAGCCGGAAGUGCGGGAGCUGAAGGACAGUAUCAUUGGGAACAUCAAUUACUCACAUUUGAUCCAGACCGUGACCUCUUUCUUUGGGGCAUGCCAUCAUCAAAGUCAAAACAAUCCCAAAAGAUUCUCUGUUGGGAUUUGACCAAUAUCCACGAAGAAAAGCUUCUAUCCGAAAAAAGCAACAAUGCAGCCGGCAACAAACCCAGUGUCUACAAACCAGAACCAACCCUUGUCAUUCAAUUUCCUUUUGAAGCCGAAGUGGCCGCCUUUCCCGCGUGGUCUCAUGUGGCAUUCCCCGACGAUGCCAUUGUCUGUGCUGUCGUGACCAGCAAGGGCGACCUGCACAUUAUGGGAGCCACGACGCAAGGGACCAGCGGAACGGGGGCCACAGUUCAAGCCAGCGCCAUUACAUCGACGAAUGUACGAGCCGUCAUUGAACGAGAUUCUGGCAUGGCAUCGGCGCCAAUUCUGCAAGCGUACUUUGUCGGAUGUGCGCCGCUAUGGGAUUCGGGCGUGCUGCUCCUGGGCAGUAACGUGGGAGUAGUCAUGGUGGACUUUGAACGAGAAUUCGUCGUACCUGGCAGUCGUCAUAAUCACUUCGGAGCUGGUCUAGGGCAUUUGGGAAAAUCUGUACUAUUUACCAAACACUCGACGAUUGUCUAUGGCAGUGUCGAUGCCUUUCGGGCCAACCCUGUGGGACGCAUGGAAGUCAAGAAUCUCUAUGAUGUUUAUGAAUCUCCCGCGGCUACACAUCUACCUUUGGAGGUGCAAAAGAGACCCUUUCGGCUGCCACCCAGCUUUUUGCCGAGCCCUUCAGGCAUGUAUGUUUGUCUAUUUUGGGGCGAGGAAAUGAGAUACGAAGUCUUGCAUGUCCCGAGUGUUUUGCAGCGCGUAUCACAGCGCGGCUCGGACUCGGCAUCCUUUUCUGCCGCAGUUGCAACAGGCACAGGUGUCAGUUCAUUUGCCUGGCUGGGAGAAAACGAUGUCUUUGCAAUCAUCCAUUCUCCGAAAGCCGAAAAGCUGGGCCGAGGGACCAAUGUGGAUGCUGCAUAUCCAGGUACCGGAGAGGGCAAGGACUUUGCUGCCAUGUCGGCCCAAAAACUGAAGGAAAUCACGGAUAUUCGCAACUUGGGAAACAAUCUCAAGGAUCUCGCGAACGUCAAAGAUCUCGCUGUGAACACAACCAAGGUUGCGACCAAAGUCGGAGUGGGGACUGUCAAGAUCACGGCAGGCGCUACCAUCGCAGUGGCAGGUGCCACCGCCAAUGUGGUGGGAACUGCUGCCGGCAAGACGGUUGGAGUAGUCAAGAAAACGGGUGGGGUUUUUGGUGGAUUGUUCCGUUCGGGCAAAAGCAAGAAAGGAUCCGACGAAACUGCCACCAUCACUGCCACCGAGGAGGAAGAUUUGGAUGAAAAACCCGCAGUGAUGACACCAACUCCUAUGAUGCAACCGGGAAUGUAUGAUCCAAAUGCCAACGUUUCAAAGGACAAGAAGGCGUAUGUGGAAUUUAAAGAAUUGGUGCCAGUAGAGACCAAUCAGUCAGCUCUGACGAGUAGCAUUGCCCCCGCGACAGCAUCGACGCUCGGAGAACUAGCGCUCCGCGGUGGCAAUCGGAUACCACCGCAAGUUUUGUUUGGAGGUCCUGUUUUGUGUGUGGGCUGCCGCUCCGAAGAGGAGGAAGGAAUGGCAUAUUUUUAUACGCCGAAGAAGGGAGCGACAGACAACAGCGCGGCUUCGUUUGUCUCGUCAGGUCCUUCUCUCCCAUACCCAGAUCUGGUUGUGUGGGAUGACGAUGGCGAAUUGUGCGCUGUUGUGAUUCAGUCCAGGGUUGCAGUCUACUUGUCGGAACAACCAGAUUUCGUCUUGCUGGGAACUGUGCGGGUCGGGUCACCGGGUGAUCCAGAUGGAGCUGCCAUGAGUGUGAAAUUCAUGCACGGGGUUCUCUACUGCUGCACCCGCAAUUCAAUUGAAUGCGUCUUUCUUGGCGACACCAGCGGCGGAAUCUGCCAUCUGGACAGCCUCACCAUCGCAUCCACAACUGUCCACCAAAUCCCAAGCUCGUCAAUUUUGACCGCAUACACGUCAUUGACUCCGCCAACACUGCCAAUGCCUUUGAAUCAUCCUGUGAUUCUGGGUUAUCAAAGCGGCAGCCUCAUUGUUUCCACAACCAGAGGAUUGAUUGCCAUUCCUUUGAGCCACCCGUUGCUGAGGAUCGGAUCUUUGCUUGCCGCAGGGCAAUCUAUCCGUGCUGUGAAGUGGUUUGAUGCAGUACCCGAUUCUGACCACGAAGAAUUGGCCAUGUUCUUGGAACGGCGUGGAUAUCCCGAACUUGCCAUUGAUUUGCCUGGGCUCUCGCUCGAAACCAUGAUUGAUUUUGCCAUGCGUUAUCAGGAUCUUGAUCGCCUCGAACAAAUCGUUGAAACGUUUGGAGUUUCAGGCCUCCGCGCAAUUGACAUGGGUAGAGGCGUGUCCGGAGGUAUCUUUGGUCCAGAGGAAUAUGGGCAUAGCAUUGUCGUUUGCGUUGGCACUUAUCUACUCGCACAUGGCAAGACCGAGCUUGUUCGAAGAAUGGCGGUAGAGUGCCUGAAAUAUGGAGAAGCCAAGAAGGAUGCGUUUAUGCUGGCCACGUUGAUGCUUGGUGUUGAAGGCAGUGACGCAAAGAGAUUGAUUGGCAGGGCUGUCCAGGAUGCUGGCGAUGAUUGGGCCAUGGCGAGCUAUGUCCGAAACCACAUAAUACCCAAUGCAAGAUAA